AUGCACGCUUGCUGCUCUACAGUGACUUUGGAGCAGGAUCUCAACAAGAAAAUGCAUAUCUGGAUGGUGCAAACCAUCGCUUUUGCUUUAACGUCUCUGGUCCUGGCGUGGGCAGAGAGCAUCGAGUAUUAUGGAGAGAUCUGUGACAACGGGUGUCCUUGCGAGGAGAAGGACGGCAUCUUGACAGUGAGCUGUGAGAACCGAGGGAUCAUCAGCCUCUUCGAGAUCAGCCCUCCCAAGUUCCCAGUUUACCAUCUCCUCCUGUCUGGGAAUUUGCUCAACAGGCUCUACCCGAACCAGUUGGUCAAUUACAGCGGGGCUUCAAUUUUGCACCUGGGCAGCAACGACAUCCAGGACAUCGAAACGGGCGCCUUUCACGGGCUGAGGGGCUUGAGGCGGCUCCACCUGAACAACAACAAACUGGAAAUAUUGCGGGAUGAUACUUUUGUGGGGCUGGAGAGCUUGGAGUAUCUCCAGGUCGACUACAAUUACAUCAGUACCAUUGAACCCAACGCUUUCAGCAAACUGCACUUGCUGCAGGUGCUGAUUCUGAACGACAACCUGCUCUCCUCGCUGCCCAACAACCUGUUCCGCUUUGUACCGUUGACUCACCUCGAUUUAAGGGGCAACCGGCUGAAGCUGCUUCCCUACUUAGGUCUCCUGCAGCAUAUGGAUAAGGUGGUGGAAUUGCAGCUGGAGGAGAAUCCGUGGAAUUGCUCCUGUGAACUGAUCGCCCUGAAGGAUUGGCUGGACAGCAUCUCCUAUUCGGCCCUGGUGGGGGAUGUGGUUUGCGAAACGCCUUUCCGUUUACAUGGUAGAGAUCUGGAUGAGGUCUCCAAGCAGGAGCUUUGCCCAAGGAGACUCAUCUCCGAUUACGAAAUGCCACCCCAGACUCCGCUUAGCACCACAGGGUAUUUCCACACCACGCCUGCCUCUGUGAACUCUGUGGCUACUUCUUCCUCGGCUGUUUACAAAUCUCACUUGAAGCCCCCCAAAGGGACUCGCCAGCCCAACAAGUCCCGAGUGCGCCCCACCCCUCGCCUGCCCUCCAAGGACCUGGGAUACAGUAACUAUGGGCCCAGCAUCGCCUACCAGACCAAAUCUCCGGUGCCUUUGGAGUGCCCUACAGCUUGCACUUGCAACCUGCAGAUCUCCGAUUUGGGCCUCAACGUCAACUGCCAGGAGAGGAAGAUCGAGAACAUCUCAGAGUUACAACCCAAGCCCUACAACCCCAAGAAGAUGUAUUUAACUGAGAACUACAUUACGCAGGUGCACAGGUCAGAUUUCCUGGAUGCUACUGGAUUGGAUUUGCUCCACCUGGGCAACAAUCGCAUCUCAUCCAUUCAGGAUCGGGCCUUUGGGGAUCUAACUAACUUGCGGCGGCUUUACCUGAAUGGGAACCGGAUUGAGAAACUGAGCCCGGAGCUUUUCUACGGGCUUCAAAGUUUGCAGUACCUCUUCCUGCAAUAUAAUGUGAUCCGGGAAAUUGAGGCAGGUACUUUUGACCCUGUGCCCAAUUUACAGCUCCUGUUUCUCAACAACAACUUGCUGAGAUCUUUACCUGGGGGCGUUUUUUCUGGCUUAACUCUCUACAGGUUGAGCCUGAGGAGCAAUCAUUUCUCCUACCUGCCUGUUAGCGGGGUGCUUGACCAGCUGAAAUCCUUGCUGCAGAUUGAUCUCCACGAGAACCCGUGGGAUUGUACAUGUGAUGUGGUGGGCAUGAAGCUGUGGCUCGAGCAACUCAACACAGGCGUCCUUGUGGAUCAGGUAAUCUGUGAGUCCCCUAAGAAAUUUGCCCAGCAUGACAUGCGGAGCAUCAAAGCAGAGCUGCUGUGCCCGGACUACUCUGACAUCAUUGUUUCCACACCCACUCCAUCAUCCAUGCAGGGACCAGUCAGGACCACCCCUUUUUCCAACUCUGGGCAAUUCAAUAGCACCUCAGAGGAGGACGAUGCAGCGUUACCUUCUGGUGGUUCCUCCUCCUCCUCCUCUUCCACGGUGCCUUUGUCGGUGCUGAUCCUUAGCCUGCUGCUGGUCUUCAUUAUGUCUGUGUUUGUGGCUGCGGGUCUCUUUGUGUUGGUCAUGAAGCGCCGGAAGAAGGUACAGGGUGACCACGCCAGCACCAACAACUCGGAUGUGAGCUCCUUCAACAUGCAGUACAGCGUGUACACAGGAGGGGGAGCCCCCCAUUCUCAUGGCCAUGCCCAUCACCAGCAACAUCCACAGCAUCUUCACCGUGGAGGUGGAGGAGGAGGAGGAGGUGGUCCGGCUUUGCCCAAGGUGAAAACCCCUGCGGGACACGUCUAUGAAUACAUCCCUCACCCCUUAGGCCACAUGUGCAAGAACCCAAUCUAUCGCUCCAGGGAGGGCAACACGGGUGAGGAUUACAAAGAUCUCCAUGAGCUCAAGGUGACCUACAGCAACCAUCACCUCCAACCCCAACCCCCACCACCCUCACAGGCCUUGGGGCAGCCCCCGGCAGCUCCCGGGGGCCAAGAGGAGCCCCUUCGGAGCCCCACAUACAGUGUGAGCACUAUUGAGCCUCGGGACGAAUUGCUAUCCCCUGUGCAGGAUGCCGACCGUUUUUACAGGGGCAUUUUGGAGCCCGAUAAACGUCCUUCUUCCACCUUGGGGGGCAGUAACCUUCCUGAGUACCCUAAGUUCCCCCCAACUGCCUACACUUACUCCCCUAAUUAUGACCUUAGGCGUCCCCCUCAUCCUUACUUGCAUCCCGGCCCGGGGGACAGCAGGCUCCGGGAGACAGUGCUCUACACCCCCCCAAGUACUGUUUAUGUAGAGCCAAACAGGAACGAAUACCUGGAGCUAAAAGCAAAACUAAAUGCAGAGCCGGACUACCUCGAAGUGUUGGAAAAACAGACCACAUUCAGUCAGUUCUGA